AUGGAUCCCACCAACACUGGCGGUUUUGCUAGUCGGCGACCCCCGGACUUCUCCUUCCUCGCCCAGCCUCAGACUCCAAGCACGAAUAAACGAGAAGGACGUACCGGCGACACCAUUUUCCACGACCCCACGCACAACUUCCUCAUCGACUUUGGCUCCGAGGAAGGCUUCACGCAAGCCGCGAAAAAAAAGAAGAAAGCGCCAGCUAAGGCCCCAACCGCCAACAAUAACGGUAACGAUGACGAUGGUGCCAAGAAAGAUGACGAAGGUGCCGGCGACGGAGGCGACAAGAGCGGCGAUGCAAGCAAUAACGGCGGUGCUGCGGGCGAUGGGGAUGGGGGCGACAAGGAGACGCCACCGCCGGCCGAUGAUCCACCUCCGGAUUCCUUCGACGAGAUCAAAUUAGACGAUGCAGGCGGAGGUGGCAACGGUACGCCUGAUAUCAGCAUCAAAACAACAGAAACCAAGAAGUCGGGGUUUGGCGGCUGGGGUGCAAGUUGGGCAUCGGGGACGGGAUUAGGAUUAGGGGGCUCGUGGGAUUGGUCCGGUGCUAACAAGAAGGCGGCCGCGAACACGCCAGAAGAGGCGAAGGAAGAGGUCGAUUCGAAUCCAUGGGGCCUCAGCGCUGCAAAGCCGAAGAAAAAGACAACGACGCUUGGAUUCAGCUUCGGGGAGGACGCAGCAGCCGACCCGGAACCGGCCCCCGAGCUACCAAAGGAGGAGGAAAAGAAGGAUGAUGCCUGGGGGUUCGCUACCGCAUUAUCGAAGAAAGAUAAAAAAAAGAAGAAAACUAGCAUUUGGGGCGAAGCUGCGGAAGAGAAGGAAGAGCCGCCCAAGGUAGAAACUCCCGCUGACGACCCAUGGGGUUCAUGGGGCACCACAACUAAGACAAAGGGCAAAAAUGACCCUGAACCCGAACCGCCCAAAGAGGAGACGAAACAGGACGACAUCUGGGACACCUGGGGCCUGGGUAAGAAGAAGAAAAAAGAAGAGCCAGCGGUGGUCCCAGAACCUGAACCGCAGCCUGAGCCCGCGCCCGACCCACCAGCUGCCGCAGCGGAUCCUUGGAGUUGGGGAACAUCAACGAGUAAGAAGGACAAGAAGAAGAAAAAGGGCCUCCUUGACAUUGAACCACCCAAGGCGCCGGACCCCGAACCCGAACCAGAACCAGAACCACAGCCGGAGCCGGAGCCGGAGCCGGAGCCGCCAAAAGCUGAUCCCUUUGCAGGCCUGACCAAAACGCAAAAGAAGGCGAAGAUGAAGGAGAUAGCUGCCGCUGAAGCCGCUGCUGCUAAAGCCGCUGCCGCCGAAGCUGCCGCUGCCGAAGCUGCCGAAGCUGCCGCUGCUGAAGCCGCUGCUGCCGAUGCCGCCGCUGCCGAUGCCGCCGCUGCCGAAGCUGCAGCUGCUGCUGAAGCCGAGGCCGCCGAGAAGGCUCGGCUCGAGGAGGAACAGGCCGCCAAGAUGGCCAAGAUCGCCGACGAGGAGAAACAAUUCGCUGCCUUGGAGGCCAAGAAGGCCAAGAAGGGCAGAUUGACGAAGAAAGACCAGACCACCUACGACCAACUAAAGCAGUCUAUCGACCAACGUGCCGCAGAUCAGGCUGCUGCUGCAGAUGCGGAAGCUGCCGCAGUCACUGAUGCCGAUGCUGCCGCCGCUGAAGCAGUAGAGGCCGCUCGCGUCGAAGAAGAGGAGCGGCUCGCCAAGGAAGCCGAAGAACAAGCAGCAAAGGAAGCAGCCGAGGCAGAAAAAGCAGCAGAAGCGGCCAAGACAGCUGCGGCAGUUGACGAUCUCGGAUGGGGUGUGACGACAAAGAGCAAGAAGAAGAAGAAGGGCAAGGCCGAACCCGAGCCCGAACCGGUCCCUCCACCGCCGCCACCCGCCCCUGAGCCCGAGCCCGAGCCCGAACCGGAAAAGAAGGACGACCCCUGGAGCUUCACUACCACAACGUCGAAGAAGGACAAAAAGAAGAAGAAGGAACUUAUUGCCGAUCCUGAACCCCUCAAGGAACCAGAACCCGAACCAGAGCCCGAGCCCGAGCCCGAGCCCGAGAAACCAGCGGAAGAUGACUUAUGGACCAGCCUGAUAUCCUCCAAGAAGGACAAAAAGAAGAAAAAGGGCAAGACUCCUGAACCUGAGCCUGAACCUGAGCCUGAGCCCGAGCCGAUUCCCGAACCUGCUCCAGAUCCUCCCGCAGCUGAGCCGGAGCUGGAACCGGAGACAGAGAAGAAGGAGGAGGACGACUUCUGGGGCGUUGCUUCUUCCAAGAAGGACAAGAAAAAGAAGAAAGAGGCGGAAGCCGAAAAGCCUAAGGACGACUCUUGGGGCAUCUGGGGCCUAUCUUCCAAGAAAGACAAGGAUAAGGACAAGGACCAAGAGAAGGAGAAGAAGAAGAAAAGCAAAGAGGCGCCGUCUGCAGAAGAACCAGAGGCAGAAACAGCCGCAGACGAUAACUUGGCUCUGAGCAAGUCGGAAAAGAAAAAGAAGAAGAAGAAGGACGCCAUGGCCCUGGUUGAGUUCGGUGGAGAAGAAGAGGAGACCACUCCUGCCCAGGAAGCCCCUCCCGCCGUGCCCAAUAUUUCCGACCCCAUGGAUGACGACGGUUUCUUCAGCUCCUGGAACAUCGGCAAAAAGGACAAGAAGAAGGGAGCCGACGCUGAGGCUGCCUCAGUGAGACCUGAUGCAAUUGAGGAGCCGGCAGACGACAUCUGGGGAACAUCGUCAUCCAAGAAAAAGAAGGACAAAUCCAAGAACGAACCUGUGGAAGUCAUGGACGAAGAGCCUAAUGUGGAUUCCGUACAACCAGACUCGGUCGAGGAGACCAGAGACAAAGGCGAAGAUGAUGAUUGGGCCGCCUGGGGAUCCUCGAAAAAGAAGUCUAAGAAUCGUAAGGACAUACUCGCCGACCCUCCACCGCCAGCUCCUACCCCUCCCACCUUGGACAUGACUGAGCCUGAAGCAGAACCAGAACCUGAGAAAGACAAAUCCAGCUUUUGGGGCGACACGACCUCUUCCAAGUCAAAGUCCAAGGACAAGGAUAAAGACAAGGAAAAGGAGAAGUCCAAAAAAGAACCUAAGCUGAGCGAGAAGGAGCUCAAAAAGCUCGAGAAGGAGAAGAAGAAGGCAGAGAAAGAAGAAGCUGCGCGCAAGGCUAAAGAAGAGGAAGAGGCUGCAGCCGCUGCGGCCGAAGAAGCAGCCAAGGAAGAGGAGGAGCGUCUUGCUCGAGAAGCGGAAGAGGCCGCCGCCGCCGCCGACGUCGAGGCUGCCGAGAAGGCUCGCCUCGAGGAGGAACAAGCCGCCAAAAUCGCCGAGGAAGACGAGCAGUUCGCUGCCUUGGAGGCCAAGAAGCUCAAGAAGGGCAAAUUGACAAAGAAAGACCAAGCCAUCUACGACGAGUUGAAGGAGUCUAUCGAUCAGCGCGCCGCAGAUCAAACUACUGCAGAUGUGGAAGCUACCACGGCCGCUGAAGCAGCAGAGGCCGCUCGCAUUGAGGAAGAGGAGCGUCUCGCCAAGGAAGCCGAAGAGCAAGCGGCGAAGGAGGCUGAGGAACAGGCGGCGCGUGAACAAGAAGAGGCCGAGGCCGCGGAGAAGAAGUCGAAGAAGACUUCCAAGGCAGAGAAGGAGUCCAAGUCCAAGUCCAAGUCCAAGGAGAAAGAAAAGGAGAAGGAGAAGAAAGACAAGAAGGACAAGAAGGACAAGAAGAGCAAGGAUAAAGACAAGGACGAGGACCCCGAACCGGCUCCGGAGAUCGGCAACGACGAUGACCUGGGCGACAUUGAACUUACUGAAGAGCAAGUAGCGGAGCUCCUGGCCGACCCCGAGCCCGCAGAGCCAGACCCACCCCCACCUCCCCCCGCGCCGGAACCCAAGCCGUCCAACAACGCCUUCAGCUUCUGGGGCGUGAACACCAAGAAGUCUAAGAAAGCUCAAGAAGGUGCGGAUCUCGGCUGGAAUGAUACGACUACCUCAUCCGCCACAAACAACGAUGCCCCGACCUGGAUGCAACCAUCUACGGCUCGUAAGGCCAAAGGAACGAAGAUUGCUGACAAGUUAAAAGCAUUUGAACCAACGCCGCCUCCAGAAGACGAACCGACCCCUGUUGUUGAGGAACCUGCCCCUGAGGAAGCGCCACCAGAGGAUCCGGCCCCAGAGGAGGAACCUGUUCCCGAGGAUCCCAUUCCGCCGCCUCCAGAUCCACCGAAAGCCUUGACAAAGGAAGAGAGGAAGCGACUCAAAAAGGAGAAGAAGCGUGCUGAAGCCGAGUUUGCACCGCCGCCGCCGCCGCCGCCACCACCACCUCCUGUUGAAGACCCACCGUUAGUUGAUCUUGAGGAGCCAGCUGACGAGAACAAGUCAUCAGAACCCCCGGGAGCUUUCCCGGCCGAUGAAGAUGAGAACGAAAUCAUCGAAGUGAUCGAGAUGCCAGUGGAGAAGAAGAAGAAGAAGAGCAAGAAGAACAGAGAAAGGGAUCUUCUUGCCGAAGACGUCCCUCCCCCGCCAGCUCCACCACCGCCCCCUGCCGUACCUGAGGCCCCAGAGCCAGGAGAACCCGAUGCCGAGGAAGAGGUGUUGACACCUCCCCCUGAGGUGAAAUUGAACAAAAAGGACCGGGCCAAGAUCAGCCGCGAAGGUUCAUCGUGGGGCAUGUGGUCGGCCUCGGCACCUCGCGACAAGGACAGGGAGCGAGACCGCGACCGCCGUGACCGUGACCGUGACCGGGAGAGAAGUUCCAAGCAUAAGUCUGAAAGACGUGAGAGGAAACAGGCAGCUGGUGAGAAAAAGGAGGGCAAAAGCUCGUCCAAGGGUUCGAGCUCCGGAAAGGGCGAUCGUGCCGAGAAAGAAAUGGAGACGUCGGCGCCAACGCGCCCAAAGCUCAUGUCCGUGUUCAGCACCCCUCCAAUUUCACGCACCGCUUCAACCCGGGAUCGGCGUCACGGAUCUAGUGGCCGGCCGUCACGUCGUCACUCUGUCGACGUUACCGGCUUGGUAUCACCGCCUCCUGAAGAUGCGCCUCCAGUAUCUUCCAAAGCCGCCAAAGUCCUGGGCGUCGACAAGUCAAGCAGACGCCGCAGGCGUGCUCCUGCAGAGGAUGAUGACAUCGUAAUGGUCGGGGCAAAUGGUGAUGGAGAGGAUGCCAACCCCCCAAAGUCCUCUCGCCGGCGAUCCAGACAACCCAAAGACGACGACAUUGUUAUGGUGGACGCAGACGUCCCUUCCGAGCCACCGCCCAUGAAACGGUCCAGCUCGAGCGCCAAGAAAGGGCUUGGUGGACUGUUUAGCGGUCUCCGAACCCCCAAGACAGAACGCCCAGACCCGUUGCGAAGACGCCACACAUACGCGACUGACGAUGAAACUAGACGCGAGCGCCGAAAGGGUUCUUCUGGUGAUGCCGAAGAGGCAGAUCUGGCGGCAAUGACUGACAUGGACCAGGAGGCCCGCCGUGCUGCUCGUCGUGCCCGCCGUGCUGCAAGGGAUGCCGAGGUCGAGGUCGUGGACCCGUAUGGCGAUGAGGCACGUCGUGCCGCCAAGGAAGAAGCUAGGCGUGAACGUCGCCGCCGGAGGGAAGAAGAAGACGCUCAGGCGCGAAAGCAAGAGGAAAAGGAGGCGAGGCGCGCAGAACGACGCGCCGCCCGCCAACGUGAGGAAGAAGAGCGAAGGGCAGCCGACGACCGAGAGGCUGAGCGAGCCGAGCGGCGGCGACGCCGCAAGGAACGUGAGGCCGCUGCUGCCGCCGCCGCCGAAGCAGAUAUGGAGGCUAGACGAGCGGCACGUGAAGAACGCCGUCGAGCCCGUGCUGCUGAAGCAGAAGACGAAGAGGCCCGGAGGGUCAGGCGAGAGGCUCGGCGCGCCGCUCGUGCGGCCGGUGAAGCAACGGACGCAGAAGAAUUUCGCCAUCGCAGCAGCCGAAAACGGUCCACCUAUACAUCGGGUGACGAAGCCAUGCAUUCAUCGCGCCACCGCUACCGGCGCGACGAGGAGGUAAGGCCGGCAUGGCCCCAUUCCGGCACCUCAUCGUGGGUUAAGGAGCACUCCGAUGCGGGUCCGCCCCCGGAGGACGGCGGACAGACAGACGCGGUGCCGCAGACGGAGGACGAAGCGCGGCGCGAGCGGCGCGAGCGUCGGCGCAGGGCCAAGUACGAAUACGGCACGGCAGACGAGGCGGACGAUCGCCGCCGCAGGGCUCGCCGUGAGGAGCGCGAGCGCAGAUACGGGGGCGGCAGCGGGGGGGUCGGCGCCGGCGGUUCGGAGGGCAGCGACGAGCGGCGCCGGCAGGCCAUGUUUUCCGACGCGACGGCGACACCGCGGGGGAGCUGGUGGAGGAAGCUGACUGGCUAA